ACGCGACUUGACUCCAGCGUAAAUCAGGUCUAUCUCACCCCGAGAAUCCUAAGGAGACUCGGGCCAUUUGACGACGAGAGCAAAUCCUUACUCAUAGCGUGGGCAACACUCAACACCAACAUCUUUCGGACAUUCCAACUGUGCUCUGAUGGAUAGCGCCCCGGACGUGAUCCCCGAGGAUAGGGGAAUGGAUGUGGUGCCGACGGAGGAUGCUUGUCCGCCCUUCGACAGGAGUACCGCAGACGUAAUACUCAGAUCAUCCGACCUCGUCGACUUCCGCGUUCGAAAGGCUAUUCUAGCCGAAGCGUCUCCUGUUUUCGAAGGCAUGUUCAGUCUACCACAACCAAGCGGCCCGACAAGCGGAGGACCUCCUAGUGACCCGCCGGGCACAAGUGCAAAUGGGACAGAAUUCAAGGAUGGUCUCCCUGUUGUUGUUCUGCAAGAGAACGGUGACAUCCUGGAUAGACUGCUGCGCAUCUGCUAUCCUGUCCCACCACCGCCUCUCCGUGGCAUCGACUUCCUAUCGCCCAUCCUAGCCGCAGCCGUGAAGUAUGCGAUGGAUGGUGUCACCCUCGUCCUUCGGAAGAACCUGUGCGACUUUUUACAAGACGGCCCAUUGCGUGCUUACUGUCUCGCAAUACACUACGGAUUCGCAGAAGAAGCCGAGCAAGCCGCGAAGGCGACGUUGCGCAUCGAUAGGCGUAUUCUAUUUCGCUCGAUACCCUGCGCUCCCGAGCUGGAAAUGAUCGACGGCAAGAUGACGCUGCUCCUACUCGAUUACCACCAGCGUUGCUCCGAUGCACUGCUUCAUCUCAAGCGGCGUGUACCGUUCUUGACCAGAGACUGGAUAUGGUUCAAAUGUGACGUGGAUCAAGACGAGUGUCCUCUGGGAGAGCAUUCGGUCAAGUUGAUGGACGGAUCUCGAGAGACGCCCACUAAGUGGUGGCGGGACUACUUAGUGUCCAUGGUCGACAUCAUGAAGGACGCCCCCUCCAGCGACGCCAUCCGGCGCGACACACGACUUUUCGACAAGGCCAUCAAGGAAGCGCUGGAAUGCGAAACCUGUGCGGACUAUGCGCAAAGCCACAUGCGCAAAUUCGUUGGCUGGCUAGCUGACUACGUGGAUGGGAAGGUAUCACAGGUCAAACUGUCCUUACCUGCAAAUGUACGCAAGAGCGCGGCGCUGUCGGCUGAAUAACGUCUCUGAAACCGUCGGCGGAACUCCGUAGCCAUUCAUUCGCUCCCAACGAACGAUGUAUAAACGUAUAGCAACAGCUACGGGAACGUGCCCACUUACCAGCCGCCCAUGCCUAUGCCCCAGUCUAUGUCCUAUUACGCCGCUGUCGG